UAUAGUUGAUUGUUAUCAGUUUGAGAUUCAGGAUGUCGCGUCUCCAAAAAAAAAUUAAUGUCGUAAUUAUCACAUUCACUUGAAGAUAACAACAGCCGUAACCGACUAUAAAUAAUCAACUAGUGACUUUUACAGGUACUUUUAUUAAUUAGUGGUGAGUAAUACAUAGUUAAAAAAUAUGGAAGAUCCAAUAGCAAUCGCUUGGGGAGAUCCUGCCAUCAAAAAUUGGAUCAAAUGGGUCGUGAUCUUGCUUGCGACUCGUUCCCCAAAGCCGUUUCUAUGGUCUAGUUUCUUAAGUUUACACCCAAAAAUUCGUCAAUUGUUACUUCAUAAACGCAUUAAGCAGUCAUUGGGGAAGUGGAGUGAUGGUGUUGAUGUAGAAAGAAGACUUAAAAAGACUUCGAAUCUUGUCAGUUGUGCCAUUCUUUACUUUGCUGCAUCCACCAAUACCCGACUCCCCAGUGAUUACUUACUGAUCUACUUAUGGAUUAAUUAUUAUGGUAUAUUAAAUCCUCCCCUGGCAUCUUCAAUUAUGAUAUCCCCUCAGUAUUCAAAAUAUUUAAAAAUUGAAUAUUAUAAGAAUGAUAAACUUAUGAAACUUUAUAAUAAUAAGGAAUAUAUCAUAUAUCCAAUGAUCUUUGGUCAAAUCUUACUGAACUACUUGACUCCCACGAAGUAUAAGUUGAAUCAAAGAUACCUAUCUACAUCCAUCAAGUCUCGGAUUCUAAAUCCCAUAUGGAUCAACUAUUCAUUAGGUGUUAAUUCUGAGUAUUUGAAUUGGGUAGGAUUAUUAAAGAGUUAUACAAUUCACCACCUAAUGUUAGGUACGGUUGUGGGGUUGUACAAUUUCAAAGAUCGACUUGUGGAUCGAUAUUAUGCCUUGAAGUAUAAAAUCACUAGACAGGAAACAAUUGCAGGGAUAAUUAAAAACUUUGUGAUGUAUGUGUUCCACGUUACUAAUUCAUUAAUUAAUUUUGCGUAUGUACCCAAUUUGAUAGCCAUCUUCUUAAUAUCGUUAACUGCUCCUAUGUUUGCUUAUUUGAGUAAUGCUAACUUCCCUGUAAAAGGGUUACGAGUUCAUUAUAUGAAUCAUACCAAACAAUAUUUUAAGGGGUACACUAGACUAAUUGGAUUCAUAGCUGCCUUUAUUACAAUUUAUCUCAAUGAUAUAAAUAUCGUGCCUGAUGUGGGAUACAAUCGCAAGAAGCAAUUAGUAAAUGUCAAGAUCGAUGAUUUGAGUUAUAUUCAAGAGGAAGAAGAAGUUAAGGAAGAGAAUAUCCGUAAGAUCAGCAAGAGUUUCAUCAAUGCGCUUAAUUUAUAUUUAUUUCGAUUAAUCUUAUUAUCGAAAUGGCGAAUCACUAAAGAGAAUCAUCCUUCUUUCAGCUCGUUAAAAUUGAGUAGUUGGAGAAAGUUAGAGGCGUUAUUGGCAUGUUACGGAGUCUAUAAGGUGAUGAACUUGAAUGAUUUCAUCAAGAGCAGUCCCGAUCCUCGCCAAUACGAUCAUCUCCGGAAAGAAACAUUGAUCCGAGUAGUGGAUCGAAUUAUGUAA